AUGAUUGCCGCAUCGCGAAGAUGGCUCAAACGAUACAGAACUCCCAUUGCAAUCGGAGCUAGCAUCGUUGGGCUUGGGUAUGUGGCCACGCAAUACCUGGUAGGGAAGGUUUUAGAUGCGCGAGAACGCAUGAAUAGUGAGCGUAUUGCCAGAGAAAAUUUGCGCCGUCGUUUUCAACAGAACCAAGAAGAUAGUACAUUCACUGUGCUAGCUCUCUUGCCAACAGUUACUGAAAACAUCAUUUCGGAACUAAAGACUGAGAAUAUUACAACCGAGCUUCAACUGCAAAGAGCUGCAAAGACAGCUCGAAAUAAUGAGGUCCCUCAAAGCGAGCUUCCGAGUGAAAUGCCGAGCGUGACCGAUGAAGACGGAGGGAGUAUGACAAGUCUUCAUAGCGAGAGUGGAAUACACGCCAGCCAAAUAGGACUGCCACCUGAGAGCAGUUCAGUUCAAGGGCCUCAAGACGGGGGCGAAAUGGUGCAGAAAGCCAGAAGAAAUAAGUUACGGCUCUGGAAUGAUCUAAAGAUUUCUGCUAUUACCCGUUCAUUUACUUUAAUUUACACGCUCGCUCUACUAACCCUCCUUACUCGCAUACAACUAAACCUUCUCGGUCGACGAAGCUACCUUGCAAGCGUAUUUGCACUGGCCUCAAACGGGCAAAACCACGUUACCAUCAACCUAGAAAAUAAUGACGACGAUAAUUCUAAUCAGGCUUACGGUAACGAUUCUGAGGUCAGUAGACGUUACCUAACCUUUAGUUGGUGGCUACUUCAUCGAGGCUGGAAAGAUGUAAUGCACAAAGUGGAAGCUGCGGUUAACGAGGUAUUCGGAGCCAUGAAUAUUAGAGAUGACUUAACAAUGGCUAAAUUUUCUCAACUAACGCUUGAAGUCCGGAAGAAAAUCGAAGGUGCCACAGAAGCCAAGAGACACGAAAGUAAGUGGCUAGAAAACUUACUACCGCCCCAGGAUCAGGAAGAUUUUGUGCUCAGGGAAUCGGGGACGGCAACUUUAGAAGCUAGUCCGGAUUCAACUUCAUCUCCUGCCUCCUCAACAAUACUCCGGCGACUCCUCGAUGAGACCUCAGACUUAAUUGAUACUCCUCCAUUUACACACGUCUUGACACUCCUGCUAGACGCCGGUUUCUCGACCCUUGUAGAUCAGAAGAUAUCUCAACAAGUCUACAAGGUUCCAUCUACUCCUCAAGUACCAGAUCAAAAAGUUCAAGAAAUCCUAGAUACGAAACUAGUCAAAUUACCUAUUCUCCUAGCCGUGCUAACUAGACAAGCUUACUCUAUUGGUAGCGGCGAAUCCAACGAGUAUUUACAAUCUAUGGACCAAGUCAGUGAUUUAGAAGCAUUUGCUGCAGUCGUCUAUUCGAGUAACUGGGAGAACGAGGUUGUUUCUUCGAACUCCGAAGAAAAAAACCAGCAUGAAGAUCUUGUAAUCGUUCCUGCGGAUGUCGGCUCUGACUUUGUUUUGGAUAAUGACACGAAAGCUGUAUUUGAAAGUUCUUGGGAUAAGGUCAUUGAGGGCUCAGAAGAAAAGUAA